CAUUUUUAAAACAAAAUAAAUUGGUCCUCAACUAAAAUAUAAAGGUCCAACAUUAAUGUUGCUCUCCAAAAUACAGAGGGUUCCCCAAAGACUCACAGUAUUGUAAUUCAGUGUAGACACCUGUGAGAUACACAGCAGAACAUUAUUACAAUGCAGCUGACCUAGCUAUUAAAAGAGAAAAAAUAACAUAUUUAAAACGACAUAUAUAUUUUGUUCCAGAAUUUCUCCACUGCAGGAUUAAUAAAGGCUUGUUCUAUAUAUUGAGUGAAAAAUAGACAAAAACAAUUGAGCAGAAAAUACAUUAUACAAAAAUACAAGCUAUGUUAACCAAUCUGGAUUUCUUUCCCCCGAAUUACUACUAUGAGUGCAUGGUGGUCAACAACAACUAUUUAUGCAUUCUCCAAUUUUUAAAUAAGGGUUAUGAAUGGUACAAUGUACCAUAAAGGAUUUUCACCAACUAAAUCAGUUUACAAAUUACAGGUCAGCUCAAAUUAAGCUAAAAAAAAGAAAUAAAAUAUUUGGAGUGGCAUUAACUCCGUGAGAACAAAGGCAUACCAUAUUUGUCUGAUGUUAAACUCUCAACAAAAAUGCAGUGUGAUCCAAAUUAAACUGUGACUUGUGUUGUACUUGCAAAAAAAAAAAAAAAAAAAAAAAAGUGAAUUUACACUGCCCACACUGCAAGCUGGAGCAUCAUUGCCAAGUUACAGAAGUGUGACAAGAAUAAAAAAAACGUACUCACUUACAUUUAUCACAUUUUAGAGAUCAACUUUUGCACACAGACUGUGGCAUUUCAACUGGCAUCUCAUCUACUUCUAAAAGCCAUCUGCUUCUUGUUUAAAUUUGCUGCAGACAAACACAGUGUGCUAUUACAGCUACAAAUAAAAAUAAAGCCAGACCCGGGUUCUCUUCCUUAAUAUAUUAUUAUCAUAGAAUAAAAUAAUAUUUUCUAAUGACUGUAACAUCUGAGAUCAGAGGCAAGUCAAUUUGAACCCUCCUUCUCAAGGCUGUACUGUACAUGAGUUAUUUUGCAACACUAGAGGGCGUUAUUGUAUAGUAGUUUCAAUUGUAUUUUGUUUGUUUGUUUGUUUUUGCUUUAUGUGUACUGGUAUACAGUAUAUGAACAGAAGCAUUACUGUUAAUCAUUAUGUUCAGACGUCUGGAUUGGGCACUCAUCUUUUCACAAGGACAAAUAUGCAAAAUGGCUCAAUCUUCUGCAGCUACUUUGAGCAAAAUCUGACAUAGAAUCUGAAAAGCAAGUCAGCUUGUUUUACUUGUCAGCAUCCAACUUGAAUGCAGAGGAAUGUAAAAAUAGGGGCGGACAAAAAUAAGGAAAGGCAAAACAGCUCUGCAAUAUCACGGACAAACAAAAGCUUUUUCUUAAUCAAUAAUGAACCCUAUGAUCCAUGGUUGGUCUCCAGGGACUAAUACAAAAGAUUGCAGAAUUGUUUUCAUUUUUUUGUGUGUCAAGGUUGUAAAAAGCUCUUAUCAUGAUUGAUACUGUCAUUUAAAGGCUUAUCUUCUAUUAUAGAGGAACCUUUUGGUUAAAGUACACCUGAAGAACAAAGAUGCAACAAUUACUACUAAUCAACGUGUUACAUUUCACAUUGAACAGUCUUUACUGUGGACAAAGUCACCUUGUGCUUUUGCUGGGUGGUAUUCAUCUGCAAUAUCUGACCUCACGUACCACUCCAAUUCACUGUCUCCUUCAGUGCAGCAGCAACUCUUAUUCUAUUUGCUAAAUUAGCCUGAGCACACUGGGUUGACUUUGAAUGCCUGCUGUAAGUCACAUAUGACGUCAUGUUUGAUUCAUUCCUUCUCCACCAGACUCCUUCAUCUCCAUAAAUCUGGAUUUAUUCUGAGUUAAGCAGCUGAAAACAGUAGCUUCCAGAUGAGAGUCUUUAUAGCUUAAUUUAAAUAGUAAGUCAGUUAACUUCAAUGGGCCUCACAUGGCAAUUCCCCUCUGACACAGAAUUGGAUCAGACUGAGGAUGCCAAGUGAAACUGGGUUGACUGAUUUUACUCAUGAAUGACACCAUUUUUUUUAAAGUAGUAAAAGCAGCAUCGAGCAGGAGGGGUUCUCCUGUGUGUUUACCGAAGGAAGAGCUCGACAGAUGCCAGUAACGAGAGCAGGGAGCUUCUGCUUUUCUUUUCUCUGUCAUUUUGGGACAAAGGAGGAAAAGAAGAAUUGCUUGAGUGCUUCUUGUCUGAUUUGCUGGGGACAAGAUGAUGGAGCCAGAAUUGAGAUUCCUGGAGGAGUUUGUGGACGUCAGCACCCCGCAGAGGAACUGGAAGGGCAUCGCCAUCUCUCUGCUUGUGAUUGCGGCAGUCUGCUCGCUCAUCACCAUGUCUGUGGUCGUCCUCACACCAGCCGAUCUCCCAGGCAGCAGCAAGUCUGCGCUGACUGUAGACGAUCUUUACUCUUCAGAGUUCGCUGUGCAUGACCCAGAAGCCACAUGGAUAAGUGAUUCUGAGGUAGUUUACAGGAACCGAGAUAAUCAUGUUGUGAAAUUUGAUUUCACUCUCAACGAGACUCAAGUCCUAUUGAGUGACGCGACCUUUGUGGCGUUCAAGGUGGCAAAGUACUCACUCUCAGCAGACCUUCAAUAUGCACUCUUUGCUUAUGACGUCAAACAGAUGUACAGAUAUUCCUACCAGGCUUCUUACAUUGUUUACAACCUAUACACCCGGGAGGUUUGGGAGCUGAACCCUCCAGAAGUUCCCAAUGCUGUGCUGCAGCAUGCGGCGUGGGGAAAACAAGGACAACAACUGAUUUAUAUUUUUGAGAACAACAUCUACUACCAGUCGGACGUGAGGAGCAACUCUCUGAGGAUCACCUCUUCUGGCAUGGAGGGCGUCAUUUUUAACGGGCUUGCUGACUGGCUGUAUGAAGAGGAGAUUCUGCACUCCCACUUGGCUCACUGGUGGUCCCCUGAUGGAGAGAAACUGGCUUUCCUCACCAUCAACGACACACUGGUACCUAACAUGGCCUUACCCCAGUUCACUGGCAGCACCUACCCUCGUGGACUCCAGUACCCGUAUCCGAUGGCCGGUCAAACAAACUCUGUGGCCAAGUUGUCUGUGGUCAAUCUCGUCGGGAUAACACAUACUGUGGAGCUGCAGCCUCCCAAUCAGCUCGGGCUAAGGGAUUUCUAUAUUACCAUGGUAAAGUGGAUCAGUAACGAGCACCUCGCCGUUCGCUGGCUCACUCGGGCCCAGAAUGCAUCAGUGCUGACAGUGUGUGGUGCCGCUGCAGGAGUCUGCCUUGUGAGGCUCGAGGAGUCUUCAGAGUCAUGGAUCUCCAGGCAGAACCAGGAGCCUCUUUUUUCUAAGGACACAACCAAGUUUUUCCUUGCUGUUCCUGAGAGACAAGGUGAUCAGGGUGGCUUCCACCACAUCGCCAUGUUUACCAAAAAGCUCGGGGGCAACGAGGAUAAGAUUGAGCACAUAACGUCUGGCGUCUGGGAGGUGACGCAAAUUGUGUCUUAUGAUGAAAACAAGCAGGUCAUAUACUUCCUGAGCACAGAAGUUUCUGCACAAGAGAGGCAUUUAUACAGUGUGUCCACCCUGGGUGUAUUUCCACGACAAUGCCUCACCUGUGGCCUGCGAGAAACCUGCAUGUUCUUUGAUGCUAACAUCAGCCCUGAUGCGCAGCACGCCAUCCUGCACUGCAAAGGUCCGGGAGUUCCAUCAGUACUGCUUCUGCGUUUGGAUGAAGUGGACUCCUAUUUCGUCCUGGAAAACAAUCAUCCUCUGUGGUCGAUGCUGUCCACCAAAAGAACAGUUCAGACCCAAAUCCACACCAUCCAUCAUGGCAACUUUGAGCUGCCUCUGAAACUCAUCCUUCCUCCUGACUUCUCUGAGUCCUUCCUCUAUGGCCUUCUGCUCAUUGUUGGCAGCUCUCCUGGUGAUCAGGCAGUCACAGAGGAGUUUAGGCUGGACUGGGACUGGGUCCUAGUGGGCUCAGAGCAGGUGAUUGUGGCUCGGCUCGACGGUCGGGGUUCAGGGUUCCGAGGUCAAAGGAUGUUGCAGCAACUCCAUCAGAACAUGGGGCAGGUGGAUGUUGAGGACCACAUAGCAGCUCUGGCGUACUUGGUGAAACUGCACUUCAUCGAUCCAACAAGGGUCGGCGUUUUCGGAGAGCACUAUGGCGGUUACCUGACGCUUAUGCUGCUAAAGUCGACCGAGGGGAUGAUCCGGUGCGCUGCAGCUCAGGCUCCUGUUGUGGACUGGACCAUGUAUGCUUCAGCAUUCUCAGAGCGAUACUUUGGCUUGCCUUCAACUGAGGAGAACAGAUAUCAAAUGUCCAAAGUUAUUCCAGACAUGAGAGGUCUGCAGGGAGGAACUCUGUUUCUUGCCCAUGGGACGGCCGAUGCAAAUGUUCACUUUCAGCACUCUGCGGAGCUCAUCAAGCACUUGAUCAGGAUUGGAGCAAACUAUACCAUGCAGAUCUACCCUGAUGAGGGCCACUUCCUGUCAAGACAAAGUCAGAUUCAGCUGAGGCACUCUUUGAUUGGUUAUUUUAGAGGUUGUCUGUUGGACGCAUCGUCGUUACUGGACCGGCAAGCAGAGGACGAGUGAGGAGGAACUCCACAGAAGAAUAGUGUGUGUGUGUCUGUUUUAUACACUUAGCACAGUAUUUGAUCAACAAAUAACAGGAUUUGGAACAGGGGUGUCCAAACAUUUUCCUCCGAGGGUCAGAAAAAUUAAAGGAUGCAAGGGCCACUUUGACAUUCUUCAACUUUCAUUCAUUCGGUCAUUAAACACGCUAAAGCUAAUCCAUCAAGCAAUUAUAUAUUUUUUAUAUUUUUUUGAAAAAAUUGCUACAUCACAGCUUUCCGGUAAUGGUGAUGAGGCAUAAAGUAUAGGAUUUUUCAGAAUUUUGGGGUGUCCUGUGACGCUGUAUUCCACUAGAACAGAACUGCCCCUGGACUGAGCAGCAACUUAACAUUUCCACAAUAAGAACCAAAAUAAGCGCAGGCUGUACUAAGCUGAUCAUUUAUAUAGUAGUUGAGGAUCAUUGAUGUGAUAUGUUCACAAAUCGGACUAUGACACAAAGCAGAAUUUGUAUUUCCUCAAAUGAAAUUAUAGUGGUGCCUUGACAUUACAAUAUGUUCUAUGACCAUGCUCGUAACUCAAAACACCGGUAUCUCAAAACAUCUUUCCCCGUUGAAAUAAAAGGAAAUGCCAUUAAUUUGUUGCAGCCUACCAAAGAACCCCACCCAACAUGUUUUCUAAUACAGAAAACAGUACUCUACAAUAUUACAGUUCAUAUAAACAAAUCAUAAAAAGAUGAUUAAAUAGAAUGUGAAGAAUUAAACGGUCUGUGCAUCAUGAUUAAUUCACUGUCAUUGUGUGACUCCUGGUGUGUGCGCCUUGGUCAACUGAUACAGUAUAAUACAGACAUACAAACAUGGAGACAGAGGAGAUGGUUACCACUCAGUAAGCUGCAUCAAUAUUAGUAAUUAUUUGAUUAUUGUCUGUGUUCAUAUAUUGCGCCACUGUUUGUGUUCAAAUAUUCCUUGCUCGAUACUGAUGCUAUCCGUCUGUUGUUUUGCAUUUUGUGGUAGCAUUAAGCUAAGUGGACUUCCUAAACCAAAGCUAUGUGGUUGUUUUAAAUACACGUGUAAUGUUGUAAUGGUUUAUGUUUAGUUUGAUAGUAAAAAAAAAAAAACUGGGAGUGGCAUUUAAUAACUUGAAGCCUCUUUGUUCAAAGAAGAAUUGUUCACUAUCUGUCAAACUGCUGCUGGUUGUUAGGUGAGUUGAGUUGAUUUUACUGCCACCAUAAAGCGCUCCUACUAGACUUUUGUGCGCAAGUCAAAGCAAAAAAUCGGCCAAGCGGCUUGUAUCUCGAAAACCUUGGGUCACUCGUAUUGGAAGGCACCACUAUAACUUAUAUGAAGAGGAAUGGUAUUGCUAUUUUAGUUGAAAAUUGUUUAUUUGCAUCUUUACAAUAAAAUCAAUUUAUUGUUAGUCAUGGUAGUUAUAAGUGUCGAGGGCAUCGCAUCCAUGGAGAAUGUGGGUGUCGCUACCUUACACUUCUCCACUUUUCAUGCUGCCCACCCACACCUUCUUUUUUGUAAUAAAUAUCAUUUCGCCCCAUGACGAAAAUUAUUGGAAGUACUGGUAUAUGCCGCCAGCCACUUAAAAAAAUUAAAAUAAAAAAUAAAAAAUGGACAGCAGGCCAGAAAUGGCCCUUGGGCUGUAGUUUGGACACCCCUGAUUUAGAACCAAAAUGAAGAUAUAAUGACCCUCUUCUGGGAUUGAUAUCACCAGAUUCUGUUUUUUGCACCUCAAAAGUAAUGUUUAAAAAUAUAGCAUAAUGCUUUGUGCAUAGUGUGAGACCAAAAAAUGGUUGGUGAUCUUGCGACGUGAAGCUACCAACUCUGUGUUGCACUUCAGUCUUUGUCGACUGUGUGCUUGAAAGUGGUCGGUUCAGUCUUCAGACUGUGAAUUUAGUUAUUUUAAAGAGACCCAAUCAUCACUCAUUGUUAGGCCUUACAUUUUUGUGAACAUGGAGCUAUUUAACUUAAGAGUUACUGUACCGUCCUGCCAGGCUUCCCCGAGUGAGCGGCGUAGAAGUCGUCCAAAAGGGUGUGAUCGAGUUUUAGCUUCCGGGAAAUCAAAAACCGCUCCUCCGGCCCGUACCCUUCCCAGUCGACCAGGUACUGGAACCCCCUAGGCCGCACGUCGAGGAUACGUGACACCGUGAAGGCUGGAUGGUCGUCAAUAAUCCGGGGGGUCGGAGGGUGUUCAGCUGGAGGGCGCAGGUGGAGAGAGGCUUCAGCAAAGUGACGUGGAAUGUGGGAUGAAUCUUCAAGGACUGUGGAAGCUUCAACUGGAUGGAAGUGGGACUGAUGAUUUUAGUAAUUGGCAAUGGGCCAAUGAAACGGGGAGUGAGUUUAUAGGACUCUGUUUGAAGUGGGAGGUCGUGUAAAGACAGCCAGACAGAUUGACCCACUUUGUAUUCGGGCGCCUGGGAGUGAUGACGGUGCGCGUGCUGCUUGUUGCGUGCCGCUGACCGAGUCAACGCUGCCAGGACGUCCUUCCAAACUGCCUGGCCUCGCUGGAGGUGAUCCCGUACGGUUGGAAUGGCCACCGCCUGCUCCUGUACUUGGAAUAGUGGGGGUUGGAAACCGUAACAAGCCAUGAAUGGUGACAUACCGGUAGAGGAGCUGGUGAGGGAGUUGUGAGUGUAUUCGAUCCAUGGGAGGAAGGAUCUCCAUGAGGAGGGGUUGCGUGCGGCCACACAGCCGAGAGAUGAUUCCAUGGAUUGGUUAGCCCGUUGGUCUGUGGAUUAUACCCAAAGGAUAAGCUGGCUGCUGCGCCCACCGCUUUGCAGAAUUCCUGCCAGACCUAAGAAGAAAACUGGGGACCUCGAUCAGAGAUAAUAUUGUUGGGUAUACCGUGGAACUUAAAUACGUGUAAAACAAGGAGGUUAGCAGUUUCCAGGGUGGACGGAGGUUUGGAGAGGAGGACAUAGUGGACACAUUUGGAAAAGCGAUCGAUGAUUGUGAGAAUAACGGUGUUACCUUCUGAGGGGGGCAGGCCGGUACUGAAGUCCAUGCCGAUGUGAGACCCAGGGCGGCUUGGAAUCGGCAAGGGGCGCAGCAGACCAGCUGGGGGCCGGUGUGAAGACGGAGCAGGCUUGAACGAAUUCUCGGGUGUCUGAUAAAACUGGGCCACCUGAAGUUCUGCUGGAUGAACUGGGUAGUACGGGUGAUGCCAGGGUGACAAGUGAGUUUUGAGUUGUGGGCCCACUGUAGGACUUCAGAACGUGCAUAAUCCGGUACAAAGAGUCGGUCAGGAGGCCCGGUUUUGCGAUCGGGUUGGUCUUUUUGAGCCUCUUUGACCACCUGCUCGAUCUCCCACGUGGCAGCUCCAACGAAGCAGGUGGACGGAAGAAUGGGUUCGGGUUCUGCUGAACUGGAGGGUGGUGAGUGAAUACGGGAUAGGGCGUCUGCCUUGGUGUUACGAGAACCGGGACGGAAGGAGAGACUGAAAUUUAACCUGCUGAGGAAUAGUGCCCAGCGAGCUUGUCGGGGAUUGAGACGUUUUGCGGAACGGAGGUAAGCGAGGAGAGGUGGAACUCGAAUUUUUCUGGUUUGACGUAUAGACGGUUCUGGAGGACUUGCCGUACAUGGACGCUGUGUUCUUCGGGGGGAGCGGGAGAAAAUUAGGAUAUCGUCGAGGUAUACGAAUAUGAACCUUUACAGUUCUAUUGGUCAUUUCCAAAAGAUGCAGACGGGUAACAGUAGUUUAGCAUAGUUUAAAUUAGGAAUCCCAACCCGUCUCACUAAGCAAGAGAAUCCAAAUAGAUGCUAAUAAACUAAAUCAAAAUAGACAUAAUAAUGAAACAAGAACAGAAAGCUGAUGAUCUAGAAAUAUGAAGUUCAUUUGUGUUGUGGAAAUGAUAUUUUAUGUUAAUAAUACAGAACAGUAUAUAAUUUAGCGCAUGAAAAGUAAAAAUGCCUGUACUGGUAUUACCCUUGUAAAUAAAUUAUCGUAAAAAUG